UGCAGGGGCAGCGCAUACACUACAAUGGCUGCUGGAAAGAGGCGUAAGGAAACAAUUUCCAGGCCCGCCGCGUCCAGCCCGAAAUAUGAGAAAAAAAUUAUUAGAAAUUCCGCGGGCGGUGUAAAGGCGGCGGACGGGCCGGAGGGAGGAUGUUAAAGCCCCGCGGUUGCCUCUUGGUGCUGCAUUGGCCGUAUUUGGCACCCAGAAUGCUUCAUUCUGUGAUGGUCUAUUAAUAAGGUUACCUUGUAGAGUUUGGAGCAGGGCCUCAGAUUGGCCAAAAUGGGAAGGACUGGAUUCCGCUCUCUUCCACGAAGAGUCAAUGGGACUGGCUAAGAUCAAGGUCUGAGGCUUUUUCCAUCUGUCAUCAGUCCCUUUUUGCUUUCUUUUACGACCACAUGAAACUUGAGAAGCCACCUAAAGCUAAAUCAUUUAGUGGAGUUGGGCAGUUCCCAAGUGUCCAACAAGAAGGCCUGCUUUAGGCUGCGAUGGCCACUGUCAUUCCUGGUGAUUUGUCAGAAGUAAGAGAUACCCAGAAAGUCCCUUCAGGGAAACGUAAGCGUGGUGAAACCAAACCAAGAAAAAACUUUCCUUGCCAACUGUGUGACAAGGCCUUUAACAGUGUUGAGAAAUUAAAGGUUCACUCCUACUCUCACACAGGAGAGAGGCCCUACAAGUGCAUACAACAAGACUGCACCAAGGCCUUUGUUUCUAAGUACAAAUUACAAAGGCACAUGGCUACCCAUUCUCCUGAGAAAACCCACAAGUGUAAUUAUUGUGAGAAAAUGUUUCACCGGAAAGAUCACCUGAAGAAUCACCUCCAUACGCAUGACCCCAACAAAGAGACGUUUAAGUGUGAAGAGUGUGGCAAGAACUACAACACCAAGCUCGGCUUCAAGCGUCACCUGGCCUUGCAUGCCGCAACGAGCGGCGACCUCACCUGCAAGGUCUGCCUGCAGACUUUCGAGAGCACGGGAGUGCUGCUGGAGCACCUUAAAUCACACGCCGGCAAGUCGUCCGGCGGGGUGAAAGAGAAAAAGCACCAGUGCGAGCAUUGCGAUCGCCGCUUCUACACCCGGAAGGAUGUCCGGAGACACAUGGUGGUGCACACGGGAAGGAAGGACUUCCUCUGUCAGUAUUGUGCACAGAGAUUUGGGCGGAAGGAUCACCUGACUCGACACAUGAAAAAGAGUCACAAUCAAGAACUUCUGAAGGUCAAAACCGAACCGGUGGACUUUCUGGAUCCAUUCACCUGCAACGUUUCUGUGCCUAUAAAAGAUGAGCUCCUCCCGGUGAUGUCCUUACCUUCCAGCGAACUGUUGUCAAAGCCAUUCACAAACACUCUGCAGUUAAACCUCUAUAACACUCCGUUUCAGUCCAUGCAGAGCUCGGGACCUGCCCACCAAAUGAUCACGACUUUACCUUUGGGAAUGACGUGCCCAAUAGAGAUGGACGCUGUCCAUCCUUCUCACCACCUUUCUUUCAAAUACCCAUUCAGUUCUACCUCAUACGCCAUUUCUAUUCCUGAAAAAGAACAGCCACUAAAGGGGGAGAUUGAGAGUUAUCUGAUGGAGCUGCAAGGUGGCGGGCCUUCCUCAUCCCAGGAUUCCCAAGCAUCAUCAUCUAAACUAGGGUUGGAUCCUCAGGUCGGGUCCCUGGAUGAUGGUGCAGGGGACCUCUCCCUGUCAAAAAGCUCUAUUUCUAUCAGUGACCCCCUAAAUACGCCUGCCUUGGAUUUUUCCCAGUUGUUUAAUUUCAUACCCCUCAAUGGCCCUCCCUAUAAUCCUAUCUCAGUGGGGAGCCUCGGAAUGAGCUAUUCCCAAGAGGAAGCACAUUCUUCUGUGUCUCAGCUGCCCCCGCAGACACAGGAUCUUCAGGAUCCUGCAAACACUCUAGGUCUCGGCUCCCUGCACUCCCUGUCAGCAGCGUUCACCAGUAGUUUCAGCACGAGCACCACACUGCCACGUUUCCAUCAAGCUUUUCAGUAGGAGUCCCAGACGUGGACUGAUCACAGAAACCUAUGUGUAGCCCUGCCUUAGAGGACCAUUUUUAUUUUAGUGCCUACUUUAAAACCGCAUAAAAACUUCUGCUUUUGUACAGUAUCAAUUUUCAUUAAGCCAGUAUGAAAUAGAAACAAGCUUUAUAAAUGAGCUUUGGAACCGUUUGCGUUCAGUUAUGUUUACCUGGUAUUUUGUCCACACUCACUGCCAAUUGUCAUAUUUUAAGAUGCUUUUUCCUCUAGGAAAGCCAUUAUUAGCAGUAAAGUCUUAUGAGUCCCACAUUCAAAUUGCUUUGAGAUCUUAAAAUUUUCAGUUCUGUUCAAUAACAGUGGCUCUAGCUUUUGACAUUUGUCUCAUUAAAGAUGUUUGCCACAGAAUGUACAUUUUCUAAAAUGUAUAUGAAUAACCUGAGAGUUUUUACAUUUUUACUACUCUCUAAAUGGAUUCAUAAGCAAAUGUUUUCAGAUGAAUUCAGAAUCCAGUUUGGGGAGAUAAUAGAUGUUUCUUAGAUAUACCAUAAUUUCUGGUCAGUAUAUUUUGAAGACUUUGCUGUUGUCUGGCUCAAAUAUUUGCCGUCUAUAUUAUGCACAUACAAGGAAAACAAAACCUAAACACAAAGCACCAGUAUUUAUAGCAAAAAAGAGACUCCUGGUGAGGUGACACGCAUUCCAUGUUACUCCGUAGUUGGCCUUAAACUUGUAUGCAGGAUAUUUUGCCACAUUGCAAAGUCGCUCUUUCCAGUUUAAUAGUGCUCAUUGUGUUACAGCAUCCGAGUCUUCAGAGUCAGUGUAUGGCUAGAUCUCUUUAAUCAUUUCCGCCUUUCAUGGCCAAAGGGUGGGUCAGGUGCAGCCAGCAAUUCUGUUUUAGUUGUCAGUCCACAGUCCAGAAUCGAAAGCCAUUGUGGAACCACAGAUGUCAGGGGUGUUUAUCCCAGAGUGGACUGUCUUUUCUUCUGUGGCGUGAUAGUCUCCUAAGAAGAUAGAUGUGAACACUUGGUUCAGCUUGGGAACUUGUCUAGGGACCCUGUCCCUUGUUGCCAGGGUUGGAAACUAGACUCUUGAGUAAAGGAAAAGCAUAUUGCUCACAUCACUUCUUGCUGAAUUUAAUACAGUUUUCUUUCCCAUAAGAGCCAAAAGCAGAAAACAAAACAACAGCCCUACCCCCAUGGUAUCUUUCUUAUUCAGUGUUGAUUUAUCUUUCCUUGCUAUUUUCAGAUGGAGACUUUAAAAUUAAAUGCAUUAGAAAGCUAUUUGAGGAAUGACCACAGUUUUAAGCAACUAAAAAUAUAUACAGUAAAACCCCACUUUUACACGUCUCUGGGAAAUUGGGGGAGAGUUGCAAAUCCGUUAAAUUUGUAGAGUGGGGAGAAAACUAAAGCAGAACAAGCACUGUCUUAGGUAAUGUGAAAGUAACAAUCAAGAAUAUUGUGUUCACUGAAUAAAGUAGUUACUGUGGGCUUUCCUCAUAUUAGACAACCACCAUAACCUUUUUGAAGGUCAAAUUAUGCUUUUCUAAAUAUUGGUUGGGACAUCAGCCUACGAAACAUAUCUAUUAAGCACUUGUUAACACCUUAUUUUGGGACCCUGUCUUUUGGGGUGGGUAUGAAGGGGAAGGUUUAUAAAAGAGUAUAUAUCUCUUAAAAAAAAAAAAAAGAAAAAGAAAAAUAUUUGAGCACUCAUUAGCCCUAUACGGAAGCUUCUUUUUUCAUUUGUAGGGCCAAUUAUCACUGCAGAUUGUGAUGUUUACCAAGAAUUUCUAAAAAUGAGUGCAGAUUACUGAAUAUAAUACAUUAUUUAAAAUAUUUGGGAGUAGUAUAAUUUGUGGAGAAAUGUAAAUUGUAAUAAUGUAAAUGGGGGUUUCACUAUAUAUAUUAUACACACACACACACACAUACAUAUAUCGCACUUCAUAGAAUCAGAGUUGCUCUCUUAAGGGAGCUUUGGCUCCUGAUAUUUUAUCAUGCUCCUAUUUUUUUUUUUUUUUAUUCUUGGAGCAGUAGUUUUUAUACUUAUGUAUUUAAAUUUUAUUAUAAAAAUACAUUUUAUUAAAAAAAGUGUGUUCC